AUGAACAGCACCCCGAGGGAUGCCCAGGCCCCCGGACACCAUGAGUGCCUCCUGCCUUCUGUGGCCCGGACCCCCUCUGUCACCCAGGUCAUGCCAGCCAAGAAGAUAACCUUCCUCAAGCGAGGGGAUCCCCAGUUUGCUGGGGUUCGCCUGGCCGUUGACCGACGCGCCUUCAGGAGCUUCGGGGCCCUGAUGGAUGAGCUGUCUCAGCGCGUGCCGCUCUCCUUUGGGGUGCGCUCCGUCACCACGCCCCGGGGCCUGCACGGCCUCAGCACCCUGGAGCAGCUGCAAGACGGCGGCUGCUACCUCUGCUCCGAUAAGAAGCCCCCCAAGACCCCCAGCGGGCCGGGCCGGCCACGGGCGAGAAGCCCUUCUCAGCAGUCCAGGGAUUUUGAAGGCUGCUGCAAGGCACCUGGAACAGCUUCUUCCUGCAAGAGUCUCAGAGCCCCGAGGAGGGUCACGCUGGUUAAGAACGGUGACCCUCGAUACCAGCAGGUGGUGGUGCUCAGUCACAGAAACACCAGGAACCUGACGGCCUUUCUCAGCAAAGCCUCGGAUCUGCUGCACUUCCCCGUGAAGCAGGUGUACACAACCGGUGGGAAAAAGGUGGACUCUCUGAAGGGUCUGCUACACAGCCCCUCGGUGCUAGUAUGUGCCGGUCACGAGCCCUUCAGACCUCUGGCAAUGGAAGAUGUCAGAAGAAAUGGAAGUGAACCUUUAUCUGGGCAGACUUCAAGGAGCAAAAGUGGGAGCUGGGGGCCAAAAGCCAAGCAGAGCGUGAUCCACGCGCGGUCCAGGCCAGGCAGCAGGCCACGGCAGUUUUCCUUGCUGUCGGAGAGGUCUGGGCUCAGUGACCCCUCGGUGCCUCUGCAUCGUGCCUGCAUGUGCCCUGCUCCUGACAGGCACCCUCAGGACACAGCUGCCCAGCUCAGCCCGUUGGUAGCCGGUGAAGACAUUGAGAAGAAUGUGCGCGUGAACGAGGACGGCAGCUUGUCCAUGGAGAUGAAAGUCCGCUUCCACCUACUGGGGGAGGACCUGCUCCUGUGGUCCAGGAGGGUCAGGAGGGCCAGCAGUCUCACAGCGGCCAGUGGGGAGGGCCCCGUCCUGGGGGAGGCAGAUCCCCUCGGCUGUGUGUGGCGGGGCCCCCCUAGGGACCCCUCAGAGCCUGGGGCACAGGGACUGGGGCCCUGCGAGGCAGGAGGUGUGGGAGCCUUUGACCGAGGCCGGUGGCAGCCGGGGUCUAGAUAUGAGAUCUGGAUGAACCCCCUUUAUGCCCCCCAGGGAGAGCAGACAGCCUCUCAGAGGAGGUCUGGGCUGACCCAGAAGUCCCACUCCAGGACCCCCAGGAGCCAAGGGGUCGCCAGCAGGAAAAGAAGGAGCAAGGACAGUGCCAGCCCUUCCUCCAGUGACAGACCCCCUGAAGGUUCUGAGACCAACUCUUCCUGCUGUUCCAGGUCCCUGGAGGAUGGUGUGGGCAGCUGUGGCCCACAUCUGGCCUCAGGGGCUGGUGAGGGCACAGGCGAGGGAGCAAUGCCGGGCCGCAGGGAGCACCCUGGCGGCCUGAAACCUGGGACCCGAGGCCCGGCAGACGCUUUUCCUGACUCCUCGGCAAGUGGCGGGUCUCACGAGGAGUCCAGUGAAAGGGGUGAGCUGCACCAGGGCCGCCCCAGCAAGAAGAGCAGGGCCGUGACUUCCUGGGGGGCCACCCAGGGGGGAGGCCCCACUUCCCCCGCUGUGAGCCCCUCGUCUGUAAGGAAAGAGGGCCCACGGGCAGAGGAGAGUGGACAGGGCGCCGGGUACCCCCAGGCCAGGAGUGGGUCUGGGGUGAGGCUGCGCUUGGCUCGGGGCGGCCGGGCUGGCUCUGGGGAGGACGCAGGAGGCCACUCUCCGCCUUCUGCCUGUGCCUCAGCCCCAGGCGGGAACAGAAAGCAGGAGAGCAGAGCCAGCGCCCUGUCCUUACCCAGCGUUUCUGUCCUCAGCCGAGGGUCCCAGAGGGGCCGCCCCAGGCAGCACCACAGCCCAAAGGACACCCACUGCCCACUCGGCUUGCCUGUGUCCAGGCCAGUGCCGGGGCCUCGCAGCAGAAGCAGGGCCCGCCCAGACAGCCCAGCGCCUGGCCCUUCUGAAAGCCCACGCAGCCCCAGGAGCCGGGCCUCCCGGGACCCGGGGCCACCCUUCUCUGCCUCUCUUCAUUCCCGGGACACGCGAGGGCUCAGCAGCGUUCCCAUCACCCCUGUGAGCAAUUCUGACUGUGUUUCCAAUUUCCACCCCUCAAAUUCCCCCGCUGCUGAGACCGAAGGGGACCCUGAGUUCAGGGCGUGUUCACCAGCUCCCACGCCUUCAAACACAUCUGGCUCUUUCAACUCCCAAGCUGAUGGCCUGGCUGAAAAGGCAGGGGGUGACAGUCCCAAGCCUUCCUGGCCCUUGGUCCUGCCGGCCGGGUGGCCCGAGGGAGGGAGGCCGGGAGCGCACGGGGACAGCUGCUGCUCACAGCUGGCCGCAUCCCCGGCCCUCGGGCCGCCCAGAGGGACGACGCAGUCGCUGCCAGCCUCCCAGUCUUGGGGCGGCCAGGGGUCCUUCUCUGAGCCCUGCUUGGCGUGCAGCAGGUACUGUCCCAUGCCCCUCAAGCCGCGGCCCUCGGGCAAGAAGCAUGCUUUGUGGACCCUCAGCCACAGCGAGGGCACCCACAGUGCUGACGGGGAGCCGGGCGGGGCCGAGGCGGGGGAGGGAAAGCUGGACGUGCAGUGCCCUCGGCCCCCUGGCUCUCCGGGAGGGGCCGUGGGGAGCGCAGUCAGAGCCGCGAGAAGGGGCGGCUCCCACCGCGGUCCCAAGCUCGGGAGAACGUUCCAGGAGAAGGUCUCGGGUGGAGGAGACGGCCUGGAGGAGCGAGAGGAAGGUGGCUGCAGGACGCUGGGCGCCCUGCCCCGAGCCUCCCCGGAAGCUGUGGUCCGUGCGUGGCUGAGCAACAUCCCGGAGGGGCCCGUGAGAUACGAGAUGCUGGGCGAGGGUGAAGUCGCGGCUGGGCACAGCCCGGAGGGGCCCGUGAGAUACGAGAUGCUGGGCGAGGGCGAAGCCGCAGCUGGGCACAGCCCGGAAGGCCCCAAGGAGGACCCUGCCGACAAAUAUCCCCCGGAUGGCCUGGAAGGGUCAGCGCCGGCCAGACAACUGCCCCUGGAAGGGGCGGCCAGUGAGAAAGCAGAACCAGAUGCAGCCCUCCCAGUGACUGGCAGUGCCGGUCCCAAGUCAGGAGAGGGCCUGCCUUGCAGUGGGGUUUCAGAAGCCCCUGCGGAGGCUGGUGAAGGCAAAGCAGCGGCUGUGGACCGUGCGAUGGGCCAGUGCGAGCUUCCCAGCAGGGUCUCUUCCUCCGUACACAUCAUGAAGGCGCUGAUGGGAUCCAGGCCAGGCCGGCCCAGCAGCGUGCCCGAAGUGUCCAGCUCAGUGGGCAGGAGGCUCGGCCGCUCGGCCCAGGCCCUCAUCACCUGUCUCGCCAGGCUCCGCUUCUUUGAUGAUGACCUUGGGUCUCCCGCUGGCAAAGUGAGGUUCACAGACUCUCCUCGGUACCAGGAGCUCCUGAGCACCUUCCAGGCCCUGUGGCCGGGGAGUGGCCGUGGGCACAGAGAGCUGGACUCGGGCCUCCGGGAGCUAGGCUGGGGCCAGGCCCUGCCGGCCCUUGGGUCCCACGCUGCAACUGAGGACUUCACGCCGACAUCCUCCUCUGGUGUGGAUGUCGGCAGUGGUUCCGGAGGCUCGGGGGAGGGCCACGGGCCCUGCACCGUGGACUGCGCCCUGGUCCCUGAGACGAUGGAGCUGCCCUCAAGCAUCCCCUGCCAGAGACCUGAUUCCAGAAUCUCAGGCAACCCGGAGGAUCCGGGAAACCAACAGCCGGGUGGUUCCGAGGCUGGUGUUGCCUCCAGCGACGACAGGGCAGAAAGAAACAGCGGGGAACAGAUGUUGGGCAGUGACCUGGACCAAGGUGUUAAAAACACGAUGCAAGAAGAGGGGGUACAAUUAGAGGAAAUAAAAGAGGACAAAGAAAGAGCAGAACUGCAAGAAGAGGGUGUUAAAGGGUUUCCCGAAGAGGAAGGAACCACAGGACGAGAAUUGCCAGGGGCGGGCUCUCAGGACGGGGCGGGCGCCGGGGAAGACAAGAGCCUGCAGGAAGAGGAGGGAGACCCCACCUCGGCCGCGCUGAGCCCUCCAGGGAAGACAGAGAGCCCGACAGAGCGCCCUAGGAGCCUCAGGGAGAGCGACCCAGACGCCAGCGGGAGUCAAAGUGGCCCCAACGCUGAGCCUUCUUUGGAGAAGUUGUCCACAGCAGCUGAGACAGGCUGUGGGCAAGCCCAGGCCAAGCUCACCCAGGGGGCGGGGGAGAAGGGCACUUCCACAGCCCGCAGAAGGCCUCUGGACCCUGACCCCCUCUGGGUGUCCAAGUUGCUGAAGAAGAUGGAGAAGGCCUUCAUGGCCCACCUCGCCACUGCCACGGCCGAGCUCCAAGCCCGCUGGGGCCUGGAGAGCAGCGACCUGCUGGACCAGAUGGUGGCCGAGCUACAGCAGGACGUGGGCCGGCGGCUCCAGGACGACAUCGAGAAGGAGCUCCGCAAGGUGCAGAGCCGGGCGGGGGGCACGGCGCCGGGGCCACCCAGGGAAGCCCUCCGCCGCGAGACGCCCCUGCAGACCAAGAAGUGCAGGCCGCACCUCCGGGACCUGAGUGUCCUCUCAGCUUUCUCCGAGCACACGCGGGGCUGGGGGCCCCCCUCCUUCUCCCUGGAGGACCUGCCAACCUUCAGGGGAGCACUGGGGACCCGGCCGGGGGAGGAGGCUGAGGAGGAGGAGUUCUGUCCCUGCGAGACGUGCGUGAGGAAGAAAGUGGCCCCUGCAUCCCCGAGGGACGCAGUGCGGGCAGCCAGUGCGUCCGUCAGAGAGGCCUUUGACCUGCAGCAAAUUCUGCAGAAGAAGAAAGGAAGAUGUGCGGACGGGGAGACAGCAGAGGCGGCCCCUGCGAAGAGGGGGAUGGAGCCCCUUGAGAGGGCCCCCUCGGGGACGGACCCUGUCCGGGGAGCUGACGGAGGCCCUGAGCUGGGAUCAGGCCAGGGCCCCGGGGAGGAGGAGGGGGACGAGACCCUCAGCAGAGAUGAAGCCCCCUGGGGGGCAGAGGAGGGGGGUGUGGGCAGGGAGGAAGGAGACCCGGAGGUGGGCUCUGGGGCUGAGGACACUGGGGCGGGUGAAGCCCCGGGAGGAGGUGACCCAAGUCCUGGAGGACAGAACGCUGGUGCCGAAAGUGCAGAGGCCCAGGGAGCUGAAGGGGAGCAACAGCCAGAGUCAGGAGGAGAAAAUCAGUGUAAGAGAGAAGCGGGCCCUCAGCCUGGCCCCGGACACCGCCAGUCGCGCGAGGCUUCUAGAAACAGCAGCCCAGACCAGGAGGGCAGGCCCACGCCGUCCCUGGCCCCAGGUGCAGACUCCCCCCGCCAAAGGUCAGGCCUGAAGUCAGGCCUCUUGUCCUCCAGCACAUCAUCUCUGGGAAACUGCUCUCAGCUCUCUCAGAAAAGCUCCGAAGAUGAGCCUUCAGACAGACACAAGAGGAGCAUUGAAGACGAGGCCAAGGGCGUCCCUGAUCCAGAUACAAAAGUCACAGGCACGUGUCCAGAAAGCUCCCCUUCUGAGCAAGAAGGGGUCCCCUCAGGCUUGAGGACUCCAGAGCGAGGAACAGAUGAAGGUCUGACUCCAGAGCAGGGGGAAGAGGGAGGCCCGGCUUCAGAGCAGGGGACAGAGGGAGGCCCGGCUCCAGAGCAGGGGGAAGAGGGAGGCUCUGACUUAGAAGCUGAGAAGGUAGUGAAAAGUCUCGCUUCCACAGAAGUGAUGCUUAAAAACCUCCCCAUGGACAGGACAGAUGGCUUUGGCCAAGACGACUUAGAUUUCUAA